GCACCCGGAAAAUAAUUAUCAACACCCGGCCACAUUCCUUUACUGAUACAAAGAGCGGUAAAGAACCAUGGACACCAGUAGGUUGCAUUAAAGAAUGAAGGAAACAAGUCAUGCAGAGCAUAUGGAGAACUUACAGAGCACUGUAACAUACUGAACUGAUUUUCAUUCCCCUUGUCCUGAGAAUUCAUUGGAAUUGAGGAAAGUGCCCAUGAAAGUCUAUCAGUACCACACAGAUGACUUAAAAUUGAUUGUGAAGAACACCCUGAAGGGGAUUAAAUUCUUCAGCUUGCAUACUUCAUACCAAACGGGGUGCCAUGCACAUCACAGGGCAUCAACAUGUCUUCACAUGAAUAUAUAGCCCUCCACUGGCCACUGUUGUGGACUACGACAGAGUGUGAAUGGGGAAUGUACCCUUCAUCUAUAACAAACCAGCAUUCCAUCGUCAGCCACACCCUUGUGUAUACGAAAAAAAUGAAAGAAGCUCCCUAACACCGCACUUGUUGUCAGGUUGCAUCUAAGUUCAAAAAAUACCCCGAAGUCAAGAUUGAAGGAAACUCUAAUGCUCUAACACAGAGGUGCACACAGAGCAAUUAAGAAAAUACAUCGCACAGAAAGGACUUCGAUUUCUUCCUUUGUAGUAGAAGAAUGUAGGAAACGAACAUUCUCACUGACUUAAAAUACAACCUAAUGAAGUACACUGCAGGACAUUAUACAGGAUUGGUCUUCCUCUGUAUAAUGAACUGGCAAAGGUAUUGUGCAAUUGAAUUUGCAUUUCCUACUUGAACUGAGGAAAGGGAUUUCAUUCUUGUUAUAAAUGUGAAACCUUGCUUAAGUAGCAUUUUACACAUUCCCCUCUGGCGGUAAUCACCAUAUUAUACAGAAACCGUAGCAUGGCCAGAGCGUGCGGCUAGUGGGUAUAAAAAGGCAGGCCCUCAUGCAGGCCCGACACCGCUUCUUCUGGCACCCAACAAGAACCCAUCGCUACUCAUUAACAAACAUGAUGGGUUACGCAAGAGCUGUCACAAUCGUCGUGCUGGUUGUAUCCUCUGGCCUUGUGUCUUGCACCGCUCAGUUACACUACUCCAGAUCCUCUUCAAACUCGUGCAGAGAUGACCAAGUGUGUGAAUACAAGUACUCAAUGGAAGUGGGUCAGUUCAGACACAUGGAUAAGCCCAUCAGUAUCGAGGCAAACGUUGAGAUCAUAUGUGAAUCAAGUGGUUUCUACGGACCUAACACGGCCACAAGAUACUGCAUGACGGUGACAGAUGUCGGAGGAAGUUUCCUCAAUUUCACCGAAAACAGAGCAACAGAACCUGAACAUUAUGAGUGAGUUACGUUUAUGCACAAUAUUACAAGUAUAUACUGUACUGUGGAGAAAAUUAAGGAAUGUUGAAAUUAACUUUCUUCUUUUUUUACAGAAUGAUGAAAAAUUAUACUGUCGAAUAUCUUUCGGGAGUGUUCUGCUUUGUUCAGACCAGGGAUGGUAAAGUUGUUUCAGUGUUUCACCCACGCACCGAGGAUGCCAAAGUCACCAACUUCAAGAAAGGGAUUGCUUCAGCUUUUCAAACGAAUUUCAAAGGAACUGGUGAAGAGAUUGAGACUGAUCCUCAAUCACGACAUAGCUCCCAUUACAGUUAUUCAGCUGGUCAAGGAGGGAAAGCAAGAUUCACCGUACAGUCACGAGCGAAGAUAUCUUGGAAUAUUCAAGUGGUGUACACACGAGAGAUGUUCAGUUGCGGGAAGAAGACGACAUUGAAUACAGGGAUGGUAGAUUGUUCAGGUCCAGUGGAAACAUGUACCUAUCAGUAGACAAAGAAACACACAGCAGUGGCGAAGGAUCGGGAGGAAUGGAUGAAUUUGCUGAUGUUGUUACAGUUCGUGGAUUGUUUGAUAUGAAACUAAAUGAGUGUAAAACUGUUCGGCCGACUAGAAGGAGGAGAGCAGUCCAGCAACAUCUUGAUGGAGGAUUUUCAUUGGAAGAGGGUCUUAUGGCCACAUAUGAUGAGAGAAAAGUUGAGAUUGACACACUGGAGAAUCUUCGCCAGCAUUUUAAAACUUCCGAACAAGUCAUUAGGGCUCUACGAAACACUAACAGCAGCAAAACCUUCAGCAUGUUGGAGAAAGUAAUGGUCCUUGAGCGGAAAUAUAGACCUGAAGGGGUGUCUGUGACGCAGAUUGUGUUAAACUAUCUGAGGAAGAUAAAAACAUUGGAACCAGAGGAGUAUGUGGCACAGCGAGUGAAUAUCUAUUCUCUACUCAGUUCAGAAGGAAGCAGAAGGGCAGAAACUGCAUUGAUUGAGCAACUUGAUGGGACAGAUCUGUCUGAUGCAGAAAGGAGGGUAGUCAUGCUAGCUAUUGCUUUACUACCAACACCCAGUUCUCAAGUGAUCCAAACAAUAGAAGACAUGAUUACUGAAACAACGUCAUCGUUGCUACUGGUGUAUGGGUCACUGGUGGCUAAUGCUGCUCCUGACCAGGAAAUGAAGAUGGUGACAUUUCUCACCGAUCGACUUACCGAAAACAACACUGAUACCCUCAUUCAUGUUUUGCACGCGCUUGGAAACACGAAAUCAUCGCUGGCAAUUGAGCACAUAAUACCCUAUGUCCAUUACGACGACAAAGAUGUUAGACUGACUGCUGUGAGCACACUGAGGUUUUUUACCGGACUGCCAAUUGUUCAGCAACAGUUAGUCAGCAUUCUUCACAAGGAGAGUUCAGAUUCUUUGGUGGAAGCAAUCAUCCAAGCUCUACGUAAUGGAUAUGACUACGACAAAGACAUGGAGUUGGACUCGGAUCUCGUUCGGUGUUUAGUUCAGGUUACUAAUGAUCUCAGGAACAACGAUCUUCAAAACGAACUAAAUCGUCUUUUUAAAAAGAUGGGUGUACCAACUUCAAGUUCAGCAGAUUUAAUGGAUGAUAGAAACAUGAAUCGCCAAAGGCGAGACACAGAAAUAUGGGAUUCGACUGCUUCGGAGUACAACAUAAUUGCUUCAGCAUCUCAGAGAGCUAAUGAUGUCGCUAAUUAUCCAUAUCACCGAGGCUAUCUGUGGAGCACGACCGUAGGACAGAAUAGUGGAGAAUACCCAAUCUACCUUCAGGCAGCAGCUGGGCUUUUUGCCGGUGCUAACAUUGACCAGUGUGACUUAAAGAUGUUUGGAAAGGCUGUCGUCGAUGCUCAUGUACUAGGCCGUGAAGGCAAUAUCCUGACGAUUGAGGGAAGGAAUGAUAGAAUAUACGUCUUGUUUGCUGGAGAUAUUGUGUUUGACAUCAACCCACCUGACUCCUACAGCGACCAACUCUCAGGCUACCAGAGAAUACUGUUUUCAACCUCCUAUACAUUCUAUGUGUAUAGUGUACCCAUUACUCUUGGGUUGGAUGUGCACGUUAGCAUUGGAACCUAUAUAGACAUUUCUGUUCAACAAGGUGUGAGCAACGACAUUGAAGCAAGUGCAGCAAUAGUACCAUCUAUUUCAGCAAGUUUUGAUGGCAGUCUAACUGUCUCAGCUCUGAUUGCUCAGGUUGGAGUGAGUGUAACGGCCUCCAUUCCUUAUAGUAUCACGUUGCUUGCUACUUUUCAUGUGUGUACUCCUACAGAUUCAGAUGUAUACAACUCUGCAUGUGUGGACGCUAGUCAUGGGUGGCAAGAUAUCGAUAUAACAUUUGCUGCUUUUAUCAACUACCUGACCUUUUUUCUCUUGGAUAUGGAGACAGAAUCAGAUGGGAUUCUCUCACUUUUACUUACACCAUCCCUGCAGAGCAGGGGAGCGCAAUUUAUUCUGACUGUGUCGUUGCUAGUCCAGCUACAAGUGCACCAACUACAAGUGUAGUCACAACUACAAGUGUAGCACAAGUGCACUUCAACCGACCCACAAGUGCACCUUCAACCGCACCCACAAGUGCAGCUUCAACCGCACCCACAAGUGCACCUUCAACCGAGCCCACAAGUGCAGCUUCAACCGAGCCACAAGUGCAGCUUCA